UCUGCUCCAGCCUAUGACGCCAGUACAGGUCGCCGCUGGAUGAUGUCAUUGUGGAAUCUCUCCAACCCACGUGACUGUGCUGGCAGCGUGAGCGCUGAGGAAAGGGCUAGUGUGAGCGCUAAGGAAGGGGCUAGUGUGAGCGCUAAGGGAGGGGCUAGUGUGAGCGCUAAGGAAGGGGCUAGUGUGAGCGCUAAGGGAGGGGCUAGUGUGAGCGCUAAGGGAGGGGCUAGUGUGAGCGCUAAGGGAGGGGCUAGUGUGAGCGCUAAGGAAGGGGCUAGUGUAAGCGCUUCCCAGGGAUGAGGAAGUGGAGACGCAGCUGAUUGCGACACCGCAUACCAUGAUCCGAAGAGCGCGGUUAAGUUUCAAACCCAAUGUUAAGCCGGGCGGCCGCGGCCCUGGCCCUAGCCCCGGUACAACACCCGGCAGUGGUGGCAUUGCUACCGAUCCCAACAGGGCCUCUCAGGAACCCCCAUGCCCGAACCAUGAAACCGUCGAGAAGGAUAACGGAGUGGCGGUGUCUGAUGUGGCUGAGACAGAGGGAGCGACAACGGUAUCGGCUGCUGCUGACAGAGGGGACUCGUUUGUCCAGGAAGAGGAGGAGAAGGGAACAGGCCUGUGCAAACAUGCUGUCCCAACUGGUGCUGAAGUUCAGGCAUGUGCAACAUCUACACCUCUCCAGCGUAGAAAGAGAUUUGCUACUUUGCCUAAUAUUGGAAAACCAAGGGUCUCCAUUCCUUCGGCCGUUACCACAUUACCACUUAAAGCUUCUCAAGGAGACAUUCCUAUAGCCGUACCUAGUAUCGGUGUGGCUGAAGCCGCUACUCCAGAGAAAGCCAAGUUAGAGAGCUCUUUCAAAAUACCCACUCCCCCUAAUAUUUCCCAAGCUUCGUUGCCUGAAAAGAGAACUCCAGUGCCCCAGGUUCCACAGUUUACGCCUUUUAAGAAACCUGUUCUUAAACAACCUGAAGUAAGUCCCGUGAAAGCUGUUGAACCUCUGCCAAAGGAUGAUCUGUUUCCACUAAAAGAGAGACCGUCCCAGGGGUCCUGUAUCAGUGGGGAAUUCCUCAAGAAAACGAAAUCUUCCCCUCUAAAGAAGGUAGCCGGCAAUUUGGAGAAAGAAAGGCUUAAAAGAGCUCGGAAAUUAAGGGAUUUGCUUCGCGAUGAACUAAGAAAAGAGAGAAGAGCAUCGAAAGAGAAGUUUACCAGUGUAGACUACAGCGAUGAAAUAGAUCGCUCCAAAAUGACCAUGAGAGACUUCGUUCACUACAUCCCAGAAAACAACCCCAUGACGUCUUCAAUUUCUGACAAAAACACAAGUGACAAGCCUGCCACUGUUGAAUCUCCGAGUGCAGGAUCAGAAAUGAAAUCUGCUCCCAGAGAAGAUGAGGAUGAUUUAGAUGAAGAGGAAGACGAAGGUCCAUUAUUGGUCCCACGUGUGAAAGUGGCAGAGGAUGGCUCCAUUAUUCUUGAUGAAGAGAGUUUAACAGUAGAAGUAUCCAGAACUAAAGGUCCAAUUGUUGAGAAUGGCGAUCCAAUCUUUGAGCGAGGCUCCACCACAACCUAUACAAGUUUUCGGAAGUCCAAGUACUCUAAACCAUGGUCAGAAAAAGAAACAGACAUGUUCUUUUUGGCUAUCAGCAUGGUUGGAACAGACUUCUCAAUGAUAACGCACCUUUUCCCACACAGGCAGCGAAUAGAGAUCAAGAACAAAUUCAAACGCGAAGAACGGUUAAAUGGAUGGAGGAUAGAUAAGGCUUUCCGAGAAAAGAAGGCAUUUGACCAACAGUUGUUUGCAGAGCUUCUUGAAAGAGCAUUAAUACAGGAGGUAAAAAAACCCAAAGCACCAAAAACGCCCAAGGCUAAAGGCGAAAAGGGAAAUAAGCCCCGAAAGCCACGUAAAAAGCAAAAAGAUAAAGCCAGUGCAGAACAAGACAGUAACCUGGGAGAUCCGGAAGUGGAGGCUGUAGAUUCAGGCACUGCUGAGAAGGAAAAUGAAGAGUCCCAGACUGUUAUAGGAGAUGAGCCAACCCCCCUCCCUGGGAAGAAAAAGAGAGCACGAAAGAAAAAGAAUGAAGCACAGUCUGUAGAACCGGAAGAUCUUUCUGAGUGUCAAAAUAAACCUUCAACAUUGCCUGCAAAGGAAGGCAAAUCCAGGAAAAAAAUACUUAUUCCUUUAAUAGGAAAAGGAGAGGCCCUGGAUAUUUCUGCUGAUCCUGAAACUGUUGAUCCCACGGAAAUGGAAACAGCAGAGGGCGAAGAGAGUGUUGAUGCAGAAAAAAUCCAAGAGAAAAAGAAAAAGCGUCGACAGAAAAAGAAACCAAUCAUUGUGGAGUCAGAUUCUGAAUGUCAAUCAGGCAGUGAUGUGUUACAUAUAGCUGAGGAAGAGGAUUCUGGGAGUAAAGAGUUUAAUGCUACGCUGGACAGCUCAGUGGAGAGUUGUGACCAAUCUGUGCAAGAAGCUACGGAAGGCAGCACCAAUGCAGUGGCUGAGGAAAUCCUUUCGGGGGAUGAUGGUGACGAUGGAACUCUGGAACCUUAUGAAGAUGAUGAUGAUGAUGGUGAUGAGUUGUUAAGCAUGCAGGAGGAUACAUUGGUUUCCAAUGAGCAGGAUUCAGUUGUGCUGCUGGCCUCUGAUAUAUCGCUGUUUGACAAUAGUUCCAUAUCUAUAGCUGAUACUCAGGUUGAGACAAGCCCUGUGGAAUCUCUUCAGGAAGCCACUGACCAUAAGAUGACCGUAAGCACUACUGAGAAGCCUCAGGAAUGUGAUAUUCAGGAAGAUUCUGGAGCCAGGACUCGGGAGCCCUCUGCCUCAGAGGAUGAAUUCAUUCAAUCUUGCACUAAAUCCUCACCUGUGGGAAAAGGCAGGAUUCAAAAACCAAAGCCCAACUUGCCAAAAUUAUCCAAUAGAAGAGGGGGACAAGAGAACAGGGGGGAUAUACCCGAGGGUAGAAUUGAAGUGGCUACUGAAGAUAACACCACAACAUUUCAGAACUCAGAAGAUGACAAGUCGACAAAUAUUCCCAUGAGCACUCCUAAUAAUGAAGAUUCUGUGGAGAAAGAGGAAUCAGCAAUAAAAAGCCAAGUAUCUUCUACGUCCCUGCUUGGAUCCACGCAGACUCCCAUUAAACCAACACCUGUAGUUAGGUUCCAGAGGCCAAAGCCUAACUUGACAGCUAGUAGCAGAAAACUGGAGGACAGAGGUGACAUCCAGGAAGAAGGAAGUAAAAUGUCUACUGAGGAACCGGCUGAGGGUGACCGUGGACCAGUGGUUGGCAUGCCAGGUCCCAAAAAUAUUUCCAUGAACAUUCCCCUUAUUUCUCAAGAAGAAGAUUCUCCAGAGGAUCAAGAAAAUUCAUGUGAUAAAAAGGAGGAGUCUGUUUCUCAGGUGGAGUGCACAUCUUCCCCUGUGAUAUCCUUACCCUCAGCAAGAGGAAGACUGCAAAGACCAAAACCAAAUCUACUGAGCAUAUCAAGAAAAGGAAAAAAAGAAGUGAAAGCAGAUAUCCAGUCUUCUGAGGCAGCCAAUGAGGAUACUGUUAAGACCAUAGAUUAUAUGAAAGAAGAGUCUUGUGCCAUUGGAAAACCUCAAGAGCAUGUGCUGGACACGCUCUUAACAGAGGAAAGCAGUACAGCCGGGAUAGCUUCUGCAGUUUCCUGCCCUGAUACAUUCAAAACUACACUGACAAUGAAUGCAGAGGCAGAUGGUCAUAAAAGAGAUGUGGGAUCAGAUGAGCCUGAGAAGAACUCUGAACCAAUGCAAAAGAGCACCUCUGAGGAGCAACAAGCACCGUCCCCAGUUAAGGCAACACCUCUGUCAAGAAGCAGAUUUCAAAAGCCAAAGCCUAAUUUAAUGAAGACGUCUGUUAGGAAAGGAAAGGAAGGGAAUAAGGUGUCUGCUGACAACCUUGCUGAGAUUCCACAGGACAAAAAAGAAGACACAUCUUUAUCAGAAAUGCUUGAACUCCAGCUUAAGGAGCCGGAGAUAUCUUCUGUAGAUGAAGAAAAAGUUCCUAAUUGCAGGCAGUCGUCUGCAGGCUCCAUGCUUCCCUCAACUGUGGCACCUGAUUCAAUUACAGAAACCUUAGAAGCGAAAGGCACAAGCAAUAAUUCUCAGCAAACCAGAAAACAAGAGCCACUGAGACCUGCAGUGUUACCAAGGGGUAGAUUUCAAAAGCCAAAACCAAAUGUAGGGCGAGCAGCAGCAGCCAAGAAAGAAGUGCUCUCUUCCCAGGAGUUAAGCUCUGAUGGAACCAGCACAGCUGCUAGUGACCAGAGCAUGGAACAUAUGGAGUACCAUUUACCCACUGUUUCAGAGAAUAAGGAACAAAGCCAUUUAAUAUCCAGAGACAAAGGGAAGGAAGGAUCACUCUCCCCGAAUGAGCCAGAAUCUUCCUCAAAUGCCACUGUUCAAGAGGAUAAAGAGAAGGAUAAUGCUACAGCCAUAUCUAUCCAAGAACUCGAACACACUAAAGGGGGACCAGCACAGGAAUCCCUGAAACCAGCUGUACCAUUAAAGGGUAGAUAUCAGAGACCCAAACCAAAUCUCAGCAGAGCAGCUGCACAUAAGGAUUCCUCUGCUUGCUUAAAGAACACCAGUUGUGAGACAGUUGAACAACAACAACAAAGUGCUUCUUCUGCCCCAAAGGUAGAAAUUAUGGUUAUGCCAGGGCUGCCAGAAAAGCUGAGUGGGUUGGCUGAGAACUCUGAGGCACCUCAAGUGUGUAGCAAAAAUGGGCAAAACAAUUCCACAACAGACCUUAAACAAGAUGAUAUUCUCCAACAGCAGUCUGUGAAUAAAGACAGCCAAUCAAAUUCUGCAGUUCAACCCUCACCUAUAAGGGGUCGUUUUCAGCGUCCAAAACCAAACCUGUUGCGAGCUAUAGCCAAGAAGGCCACGUCCAAACCUUCAGAUGAUGAAAAGGCAAAAGAGGCAGGUGACUCAAAAACUGAUUUGAUCAGUGAAACCAAAGGCAGCGACGCUGAAUCCAGUCAGCAGCUUUCUGUUGAGGAACAUCAACCUACAAGUGGAUCUCCCCUUCACUCAUCAGGGCAUGGAUCAGGAGAAAAGGACAUCUCUCCAGCUGCUGGCACUACAUUAGCUGAGGAGCCUGGAAGUCUUAACAAAGAAGACAACUCAAGUCCAGCAAUUAAACCUGCGCCACUAAGGAGGGGAAGGAUAUUGCGGCUUAAACCAAACUUGGUAAAUGUGCCCUGCAGGAGAGAGAGCCAAGGGUGGGACCAGACUAAGGCUGCUAGUGACGAUGCCACAGAUUCCGGUGGAGCAGCUGAGUGUGUGCCUUUGCCUGAAAGCCAUAUCACUGAUGCCUUAGGAAAAGCACCAGCCAACAAAAGGAAGGCAACUGAUAAAAGCAGUGUUAAAUUAUUGGCCAAGAAAAUACGCUCCUCUGAUAUAGCUGAGACACAAAGCAGUUUGUCGGAGAGUGAAAGCGACCGUGGGUCGUUGGAUAUUGAGGGACAAGAGAGUACUGCAGCUACUCGAACCAGAUUUGGACGAAAGGUGAAGAAUUCUAUACCAGAAAAACCUCAAGUACAGCCCAAAGGAACAGAUAAUGUGUCUGAUUUGGAAAAGGGCAGGAAUGCACAAAACGCAAAGUCUAAUGGCAGCAAAAUCAAAGCGGCGAGGCCAGUAUCCAGGAAGGGAACUGCCCUGGUGAAGCUCAGGGCUUCUCGAUGGGAAGAACAAGAUGAUGAUGAUGAAGAAUUAGACUUCAAAGAUGAAAGUUUUAAUCUUUCCCCUGAUAAAGUGAACCAAGCACCAGUAUUUGUUCCUUUCAGCUUACGUUCCCUUAAGCAUGGCCCAGCUGAAAUCGAGGAGACUGUAGAAGAGCUCAUAAUCCCAGUUGAUAUUUUGGAUUCACACACAAUCCCUGAAACACAGAAUAAUAAUCCAAUAUCUGAAGAAAGUGAAAAUUCUUCUUCUCUAAAGUCUGAUGAACUGUCAUCUGAUGUAACGGACUCUGAAUCAGUUACUGCUGACAAAGGUACGAAAGAUUGUAGUGAUGGAAGCACAGAAGCUGCAAUGACAUUAAUUUCUAUGGGAAAUCCUGUCUUCCAGUCCAGAGUUCAUGAAGAGUCUUCAAAUCUGAAGGAGGAUCUUUCUUCCAGUAGUGAAACCCAAAGUGACCUUCAGCACUUAGAUCCUGUGAACUCACUUUCCCUUCCUUCUGAGCUGGGCCCAAUACAUACAGGCCUUCCAUCAGGUGAAAUUGUGGAAGCACAUGAAGCUACGGCAGAAGUUAUUGAUACCCAUGUACACACAUUUGAAGAGGGAAAUGGUGAUCCGGCCAAAAUGCAGCCACGAGCUGAGAGCCUUGAUGGGUCUGUGGGUGCAACAGAGUCUGGCAUCAUUUUGCUAGAAUGUUUGCCUUCUAAUUCAUCUGAUUUAAGGCUUUCAGGAGAAAGUGACGCCCCGUCUGAUGCCACAUGUGAAGUUCAGCUUGAGCAGAGUGAAAAACACAGUGAAGAAGUGCAGCACAGUAUUGUUCCUGACGGUGACAACUUGUCAGGUGAAAAUGAAUGUCCUGCCGAAGAAGCAACAUUUAUUUUGACACUUGUUGAGAUUCCAAUAAACUCAGAAUAUCCGUACUCCUGUGAUUCAUUGAGCUCUGAGGAACCUCUUCCAGCUCCUGUGCUGAUCAGCUCAGGCUCUGCUCAACCUGUAACUCUGACACAAAGCAGCAGCUCUGAGUCUGCUGAGGUUUCUGUUCGGUUGCCAUCUGAGCAGUGUUCUACUUCUGGUGAAGAAAGCAAUUGCUCUUGGUCAUCCUCUUCAGCCCCCAGGAAAAGAACGGCUAGCAGGCAGGAUGAUGGCUCUCCUUCAGUCAAGAGAGCCUUGCUGAUGUGCGAUAAGCCAGAAGAAUCAUCUGAAGACAGUGGAACUGAAGCACGGAAUUCUCCUGAGAGCAGCACUACCAAUACCCAAGAAAUAACCUCCCCAGAAGCAGUGUGUGACAAUGUUACAGAGCCCUCACAGGACUCGGAGCUGAGUGGAGAUGCCCUCAGUGGGGUGGAAACAUUGCCAGAGGGGAGCCCUGAUAGCCGCUCACUCGAUGAUUCACUGCCAGCCAUUGCAGCUGGAGACGCCACAAGUAAACAACAAGGAGUUAUGGAUGCAUUGCAUUUCUCCUGUAUAAACACACUGCCUUCAACUUCCACAACUCCUAUAAAAAGGCCUGGAUGGAAACCAAUGGGAUUUUUAUCACUGGUUUGCAAAAACAAGAACAACAAGGCAAAUAACCCAAGUAACAGGAAAAAACGUGUGCUUAAACCCAAUGUGUGCAAAAAGCCUCCUUCGACAGCAGUUCAGUCCCAAGAUGUGACUGUUUCUGAAGUAUCUGACAGUCAGGCGGCCACCUCCAAGACACUCGGUGCAAAUGAAGUGGCUUCUGAAGAAGAGGGGACGACUGUUUCACAGUAUUUUUUUAGUGAUAUUUUCAUGCCAGUGGAUGAUGAAUGAAAUACCUCUGAGAGAGAAGGUGUGGGUCCUCUAUAACAAGCCUUAAAGUUUUUUCUAUGGACAAAGAGGAUGUUUUUUUUCCUUAUUAGGAAACACCUCCAAGAAAAUCCUCAGUGGUGCGGCUUUGCAAAUGUGGAGCAUAACGAACCCUCUUUUGGACGAAGGCCCUCUCCAUAAAUUCAAAUGCACUAUGUAUAUAUAAGGAGUAAGUGUCACGCUUUCCCUUAGCUGGAAGAACAGGGAUAGGCACAGCCUCUUUUUUUAACAGUUGUGUUCAGUGACCGAGUGUGAAAUAGGUAUAUUUAUUUAUUUAAAGUUUUAUUUAUUUGCUCCUUCAGUGCAGGAGGUGUAAAAGGCUGCUGCUACUUAUUGCCAUGCAAUGCACUGCAAGCCGCUCGAUUUAACAAGGAAUUCUGGGAAACUAAAUCCCUAGCAUUAUUGAGUUGUUGUUUUUUUUUUUUUUUUUUUUUUUUUUUACAUAUAGGUUUUUUUAGUGCCGAAAUGAAACUCCUGUUUUCCAAAUAGAAGCCUUGGGGGGCUUAAAAGGCAAUUUUUUUUUCUUUAAAUGGCACCCUGAAAUUAAGCCCCCAAAAUGCAUUUUUACUGUUCAAGAAAAUACCAUUAUAUAUAGCUGAAGGUUUGUUUACACCAUUCAUUACCAUUUUGUCUUAAAAGAAAUGCAUUUACUUUCACUGCUGUUUGUACAAUGUCUUAUUGUUCCUUUUUAGAGCUGUCACCCUACAGGUCUUGUACUGCUCAUACUUGUACUCCACUCCCACCCUUAUAGAGAAUGCUUACAUGACAUUAAUAACAGGUAUCCUUGAAUAGUAAAACAUAAGAACAGUGUAGCUCAUAUUGUGUACAACACUACAUUUACAAUUAUAUGUAUGAAAGUUAACAUGUUGCUUACCUCACUGUUAGUCUGGGCCUCCAACAGCCCACUCCCCUAACAACAAUUAGAUGAUGGAGGCAAAUGGUAUAGUGAUUAUAGGCUUACAAUGAAUUUAAUAAAUUGUCCCAGAAUGGGACCCUCGGGAGAUCCUCUGGUACUCUGGCAGGUCACUCCAACUAAAACAGUUCAAAAAACACAUUUCUGUUGGUGUCUCCUAAAAAACAAUGGUAUUAUAUGGUGACUUCCAAUCAUAUGUAUGCAUAUAACAAGGUACAAAUGCACCUUUUUACCCAUUUCAGUUAUUUUCUAUCAUAAGUCAGUCAGCACAAGGCUGAUCCUCUUCUUAGCACUUGUAUUUGACUUAUAACAAUGUAGGUUGGCUCAGUGCUUAGCUGAGCACUUUUGGUAUUGAUUUUGUUAACAUAAUAUUGGCAAUUAUAUAGCUAAUAUCAUGAAUGUGUAACAGGAGCAGGAAGUAUCUUCUGCCAUUUUUAUGCUCAGUUCUAUAUACUUAACUUGCGGAGUUAUAAGAAUGGGUAUAUGUCUCCUUUAAUUAAUAAGGAUAUCACAAUGUCACAUAUUGCAUGGGUACAAUUACUGGCAGUACCAACAGAUGGGAGUUUAUCCUUUCCACACAAUGCUGUUUUGUAUUUUUAUACCAGUUCUAGGGCAGUCUCCCAAUGGGCUGUUUCAGACAAUUGAUUGGCUGUUUCAGACAAUUGAUUGCCCAAGUGAGAACGUGCUAGGUAAUUUCAGUGUUAUUCUAUGGGGAGUGUGGCUGUUUCAGAUGCUUCAGAAGCCCAAAAACAUGGUGUUUAAAGUGCUCCUUACUGCACUGUGUGACCUUGACCUUUUUUUUUCUAAAGGCACAAACCACCAGUUGGGAUCACCAAUUCAAAUACAUCUGUAUGUUCUCAUAGACAAAUUCCAUUUGUUUUACUUCAUUUUGUUAUGUGACUGGAAUAUGUGGUUAGCAGGAUCAUGAAUGCAAAACACAUCUGGUUAUCAGAAUCUUUCUAAACUGUUCUUCCUGAAUUGUUCCAUCAUUAUCACCUUCAGCAUUGCCCCAAGCUGUAUAGUAGGUCUGUAAGAGCACAGUAUUAGUUGCUAACUGCUUUGUAGAGAUCCUGAUAGUAACUAGUGGUGCUUCAUUGGCUGCCAUUCAUGUUGGUGGUAGGUAGUCUUUUUAUGAAUGUGUUUUAGUGCCUUCCUAUCAUCUGAUGGCCCUCUUAGAGCACAAAGGGCGGCAUUUUAAUAAAGUUUUACUCAUGUUUAACACUACAGAUACAGUACUGGCACCCCAUGUGCUCAGCCAUAACAUGAUACAUAUAAUCAGGCGCAGACACAAAAUAAAUACAGAUAAAAGAAACUCCAAAUAUUCAGCUUCCAUACACAAAAACCACAUUGUGAAUUCCGGUACACUGAUUUAGAGCCAAAUACUUUUAAAAACCCGGAAUAGGUGACGCUUGCCCAGUCAUUCCUAUGGCCUGAGUCAGAUGCUUGGAACAUAAGAUUAAGAUAUACAGGAGUAAGGAGUCAUCUGAUGUGAAAAAACAACUCGCCUUUGGUCUGGGGGCAAUCACCUUAAACUUCCAGGUUGGAUCCCAUAAAGAGUAUUAUUUAUAGAUAAAUGUUAAAAAAUAAAGACCUAAGCAGCAUGUGCUACUGCCUGAUUGUUUGGGUUGUCUCUAUCCUUAAUCAUAUGCAAUAUACUUGCCUAUACUUGCCUGUGAUUAAGGGGGUGGACACCCAAAAUGCAUGCUGCUCAUGUUUUUAUUUUUAGUGUUUAUCAGUAAAUAAUACUUGUUAUUGGGAUCCAAUCUGGAAUCUGCUGCAUUUUUUUCUUUAAUACUUUGUUUCAAUGAACCUUGUUGGCUUUCACCCGGAGAAGACUUGACCCGCAACAAUGAGACUUGUUUGAAGAACAUGGUCAAUACUAUGUAUGUCCUUGUCCCUUCCCAAAUAUUGCAGUCUCUUAACCCUAACUAGCUUAAUAGGCAUUUUUAGCAGGCUUGUAAGCUUUUUGGAUUGCACAGACAUGGACACUCGUUCCUAGGGCUGGAUGAACCAGUAUUAAGGGCAGACAUUACCCAUGUCAUGUAAGACUAAUAACCCCCCAGUUUUAUAGUCAUGCAUUGACUUGAACUAAAACUAGUUUAACCUCUACAAUAAUGACAGCAUUGGAUUCAUGGUUAUUCUCAGGUAGUUAAAAGAUAUUUAGCUUACCACCAACAUGUUUGCACCUGCAUCUUUCCUCUUCUUUCUGUUCUCCAGGAUUUCUCGUGUGUGCUCAGUUCUGCCAUAAGGGCGCCUAGUUACAACAGCUCCACUGUUUAGCUCUGCACUCUGCUUUAGAUCUAUUUUAUUAUCCAUGAAAAGUUUGUAUUUUGAAGAAUACAUUCAGUGGGUUGAUUUCAGAUAAGUCUAUUUUCCCUAUAAACGCAGGGCCAUACAAGUAAUAUUUUUGCAUAAGCUAAAUUUAGAGCAGUUAGUUGCAAGCCAAAGUUUCUCACUAGUUACAUACAGAUGCAUCCCAGUGUUUACACGUCUAUUUGUUGACUGCUUAUGUAAUUAUGUAAUCUAAUGUACAUUUUCUGUAAAAAUAAAUUUUUAUCAAUAUGA